AUGCGCGCCCAGCACCUCGAGAGCGCACACCAGCAGUUUCCCCCUGCCCCUCCGCGCGCCAUUCCGCUCCCCGCGCGUCUCUCCCCCCCAGCAAUGACACCGCGCUUGGCGCGCUCGCCCCUCCCCCUGCUGCUCCUUCUGCUGGUCGUCCACCCGCCUCCGGCCUCUUCUAAAAGUAACAUCUCCGUUUCGCGCGCCCCCUCGUGCUCGUUCCGCGUGGCGAUUAUCGAUAGUGUUUCUGUUCCGCCCUUCAUUCUUCAACUUUCCCCCUUCCGCCCCUUUAUUCUUCCCCGUUUCCCCUGCUCGCUCCUCCCUCGCUCCUCCCUCGCUCCUCCCGCGCUCUCACUCGCUCCCCCUCGCUCCCCCUCGCUCACCCUCGCUCACCCUCGCUCCCCUUCGCUCACCCUCGCUCCCCUUCGCUUCCUCCUCGCUCCCCCCUCGCCCCCCCUCGCCCCCCCUCGCUCCCCCCUCGCCCCCCCUCGCCCCCCCUCGCUCCCCCUCGCAGUACCCCAGCCCUUCAAGGCGUCGCUCCACAUUGUGAGGCUUCGCUCUGCCCCAGCCGUCGGAUCGUACCGAGGAGGAAUCAACGGUUAUCCAGCGACGGCCCCAUCUGCAGCUGCAUCAAGCAACACCAGCGCAGAUUCACCCCACAACAGCACAGCCCACCGGCCUAACACCGCCACUGACGCCCCCAACCCCGCUGGGACUGCUACCCCUGGCGCAUCGUCCCAGCCUUCCAUACACGCCAAUGCAUCAUCGUCCCCUGCUUUCUCCGCCGCAGCAGCUGCAGAUGCAGCCAACGGGGAGCAGCAGCGGCGGCGGCAUGAGUGGCGGCAGCAGCGGAGGCGGGGGAAGGUGGACGUGGGGGCGGAGCACGUGCAGCAGUUUGCACGGUUCCUGCGGGAGCAGCAGCAGGCCGUGGCGGCGGAGGUGGGGGUGGCUCCAGACAGCCUAGCGCACCACUUCAGCUACUCCAGCCACGCGUUUGCAGCGCUGCUCACGCCACUGCAAGUGUGGCGGCUGUCGCGGCACCCAGCAGUGGCAGCAGUGCAGCGCGGGGACGACCUGCUGUACCCGCAGACCACCGCCUCCUCGCGCUUCCUGCGCCUCCCCUCCACUGCGUGGGUCACUGCUGGGGGCGCGGACGCUGCGGGCGAGGACGUGGUGAUUGGCGUGGCGGACAGCGGUAUCUGGCCCGAACAUGACAGCUUCAGUAGCAAGGCCGGGGACCUGUAUGGGGGGCAGCCCGUGGACUACAGGGGCGUGUGCACAGUGACAGGCGACUUCCCCGCGUGCAACACCAAGGUGCUGGGCGCGCGCUACAUCUACCAGGGCCUUGUCAAGUCGGGCCGACCCAUCGACCUCACCGUUGACUACCUCUCGCCCCGAGACGUGCUUGGCCAUGGCUCCUGGUGUGCCGGAGCAGCAGCGGGCAACCGGUACAUCAAGGCAGUGGGAGGCCCCUUGACACGCCAACUGGGCGCAGCCAGCGGCAUGGCUCCCCGCGCACGCAUCGCCGUCUACAAGGUCGUGUGGCGCACACAGCUGCUCCCAGGAGUUAGCGGAGUGGACAGGCCGGGGGGAGUGGCGUCACUGGUGGAUGUGGAAGCAGCGGUGGACUAUGCCAUUCAGGACAACAUUGACGUGCUGCUCGUGCCGCUCAGCGCUGGCUUCAGCCCCACCGCGUCCUACUUUGACCAUGUCUCCUACCUCAACGCCUUCGAGGCUGGAGUGACAGUGGUGAAGCCAUCUGGUAACCGUGGGCUUAUGCUGGGAGUGCGCACCAUUGAGAACUACUCGCCCUUCUACCUCACUGUCGGCGCCAGCUCCAUAAGCCGCUCGCUGUCAAUGGACGGUGCACGCAUCAAAGGAUACUUCUCAAAUGCCGCCACCACCACCGCCACCUCCCAACACCAACUCGCCUCCACCCCCUCCUCCUCCACAUCCUCGCCUGGCAACGCGUCUCUCUCCCCCGCCUCCGCAACACGUAGGCGCCAGCAUGCGUCACUGGCUGCCCUGGCGUCCACAAUGGAGGGCGUGCGCCUCACAGGCGACUGGUCGCGCGCGCAGUUCCACCCCAUGGCCCCCGCUGCCUCUGCUGCGCUCUCUGCUGCUGCCAGAAAGAAGGCAUCCCAGUGCAUGCCCGGGUCACUCAACCCGCUGCUGGUUCUAGGCAAGGUGCUGGUGUGUGGCCCUGGAGGCACAACCCGCCAGAAGAAGAUCGCUGCUGCGGCUAGAGCAGGGGCACGGGGCGUCGUGCUCACUUAUGCUGAGGGGGGGGAGGAGGAUGAGGGAGAAGGCGGCGGGGGUGUGGAGGAGGGAACGGUGGCAGAGGGGGGUAGUGGGGAGGGGAGUAGUGGGUUGGGUGUUGGGGUUGGUGGGAUGACUGGUGGGGCGAAUGGGGCGAAUUCAACCGGCGGUGGGUCGGGAGAUAGCCUCCGCGGAAGAAGUGCAGAGGGAGCUCUGGAAGGAGGCAGCUCGGGAGGAGUACCAUCAACGCCACCGGCAGUCUCGCCAGCUGCUGCUGCUGCAGGAGCAGCAGGAGCAGCAGGUGGAGGAGCAACGGCUAUGGCAGCAGCAGGGGGCGGGUUGCCUGUGAUGGAGCUAAAUGCAGAGACAUCAGCGCUGCUGGGAAUACGACUACAAGGUCUCAUCAACCUCUUCAACCCUUUGCUCUGGCUGCGCUUCCUACAACCACUGCGUCCGCCUGUCAUCGACUCUACCUCCUCCACCGGCCCGGUAGCCCUGCCCCUCGCCCGCCCUGGAGGCUCGCAGCCCACCAACGACCUCCUCAAGCCUGACCUCAUCGCGCCGGGCGUCAUGCUCUGGGCCGCCGCUCCCGGCGGCACCCGCACCAACCGCUUCCGCCGCCUCUCCGGAACAUCCAUGGCUGCCGCUCACGUGGCAGGCGUGCUAGCGCUGGUGAUCCAGGAGAACCCGACCUGGUUACCCGGGAGAGUCAUGUCUGCCGUGUUGACCACGGCCAAGCCCACGAACGUUUAUGGGCGGCCGAUUAGGCUGUGGAACGGGCUUCAGGCGGAUCCAUGGAUGAUGGGGUCGGGCCACGUGAACCCCUCCAAGGUGCUCGACCCCGGCCUCUCGUUUGACCUCAUAGCCGCUGAUUUCAAGAACCUGCUCGCCGGGCAGAACCCGAAACGGACGGCCAAGAUCUAUCCGACGGCGACUCUGGAGCCGAUUGAUGCGAUCCAGCUCAACCGACCGUCCAUCGCGAUCUCGCACUGUGCGGGGACCGUGACAGUGGCGCGGACUGUUACCAAUGUGGGCAUCAUUCCGGCUACCUUUGUUGCCAAGGUGAAGGCGCCUUUUCUGACGAUAGUGGAGGUGGUGCCUCCAAGAAUCACGCUGUCUCCCGGCGACUCGUACCGGUUUCUAGUGGUUAUCACGGGGUUGGUUCCAAGGCCUAGAUGGAAUUUCGUGUAUGGGGCUAUCGUAUUUAAGGAUAACUUUAGGCGCAAAGUCAGGAUUCCGAUUACUGUGCAGCCCUCGUUACUGUAA